ACAGACUGUAAUCUUUUUCUGCUAUUUCUCUAUUUCCCCUGCAAAUGACGUCCAUAAAGUACCCUUUGAUUCUCUCUAAUGCCUGCAUAUCGGUCCCCACCUUGAGGGACGUCUUGAUUCAGAUAUUUCCCGACUGGAGCGUCUCUGAGAUCACCAUCAAGAAGCUCACAGGAGGCAUAACAAACAUGCUAUUGCAAUGCCAGCACAAGAAUCAGACUGUUUUGGUCAGAACAUAUGGCAAGAAAACAGACUUGAUCAUAAACAGAAAUCAGGAGUUUAAGAAUUUCUUGUAUUUGAACAAAUUAAACUUAUCUUCAAAGGUGUAUGCAAAGUUGAGUAACGGCUUAAUUUAUGGGUUCUUGGAUGGAAGAUCUCUAGUGCCAGAUGAAUUAACUAACUUUUUCCUAUAUCCUUUGAUUUCUCAGAAACUAGCCUAUUUUCAUUAUAAAACAAGAAAUUUUCCCAAAAAGGACAGGCCGAAGGAUAUAUAUCUUACCAUAAAAGACUGGAUUGACCUCUUAUCUUCCCCUGAAAAAAUUGCCAGUACUGAAAUUAAUAAUGAUGACACCAACAGUGAAAGUGAUUAUGUCAAGUUUUUUAUGGAAAAUUCAAUAUUGAAUAACAAAAAUUUAUUGCAAAAUAAAAAUUCAAAUAAUUUAAAGGAAAUUUUAAUCGAUGAACUAAAUUGGUUCAUGUCAAUUGUUGAAAAUAAAUCCAGAGAAGUUAUAUCCCACUCAGAUUUAUUAUCUGGCAACGUAGUUAUAAAUGAAAAUCUAUCUCAUCUAUAUUCAGAAAAUCACCAAUUUCUUGAUAAUGAUAAUAACACUAAUACCAUUAAUACGGCUAAUUCCAAAAUCAUCAAAAAUAAGCAAAAAUUCAACUUAAAAGACAAGAAUUCAAUUUAUAAUAUAUCAUUCAAUUCAAAUCUUAAAAUUGACAAUAUUAUAUUAUCAAAUGCAAACAACGACUUGAUCUCCUUUAUCGAUUACGAAUACAUGUCAACUGCUCCAAGGGGUUUUGAUAUUUCAAAUCAUUUAAUUGAAUGGCAAGGUUUUGAUUGCGAAAUAUCAAGAAUACCAAAUCCAAUUAAAACAAAUCAAACUCUAAGAAGAUGGUGUAUCUCGUAUAUACUAGGCUAUUUAAAUAUCAAUUUUAAUAACCCAAAUAUUGAUAACAGAAUUUUAAAUAAAUUAUUAGAUGAAUUUUAUCCAAAAAAUGAAAAUUUCUUUGAUCAGUUGAAUUCUAAACAAAAUGAUCAAAAUAACAACAAACCCAAUAUUAAAAAUACAAAUAGCUUUUCAAAUGGAACAAAAAUUAAUCUUUCAGAUCAAACUUUUGAUACUGAUUUCAAUAUCAUUAAUAAAAAUGUCAACUCAAUUAUAGAUCAAUUAAUCGAAGAAAUAUACUACUUUUAUGGGCUACCAGGUUUUUAUUGGGGGAUAUGGGCUAUAAUCCAACACAGUAUUUCAACAAUUGAUUUUGAUUAUUUGAAUUAUUCUGUCAAUAGAUUUAAUGAAUAUUGGAUUUGGAAAAAAAAUUUUAUUAAUAAUAGUCAAACUUACGAAGACAACUAUUCUUUUAAUGUUUUAAACAACUAAAUUUUUUAAAUCAACGAAAUUUAUUAGAGAAAAACCAACUAAAAUCGUGCCAACUAUUAUUAACCAAUGUAUCUUUUAAUUCUGAUUUCAUUUCUAGCAACCAAACAGUCUUUUAAGUUCAAUUCAUUUUUUCUGACUGUCAUUUGUAUUUUUUUUUUCUUGUUGUUUUUAAAUUUUUUUUGUUUGUUGUUUCUCAUUUAUCAUCAUUUUUUUUCCAUUAGUCAUAUACGACUAAUUGUUUAAUUGUUUAAUUAUUUUUGUUCAUUUUGUUUUCUUUUUUGUGUUCACCCUUAUAGAUUUUU